AGUGUGCAGCAGACUGGGUGUUAGGUAGCUGGAAAGAUUUUGUGUUUCCCAAAAUUACUAAACGAUAAACUGACGAUAAGAAUAACAACUGCACGAAACAAUCUGUUAACCCCAGUGAUAUGAAGCUAGUAGUUCUUUUGCUGGCUUUGUUGGUCGUCCAGUCGCUAGCAGACACCCUGAUCUAUUUGAAGGAAGAGUUCACGGAUGGCGAUGUUUGGCAAAGCAGAUGGAUAGAAUCAAAACACAUGUUGGACUAUGGUAAAUUCAUACUCAAUGCUGGAAAGUUUUAUGGGGAUUCUGAGAAGGACAAAGGAAUUCAGACAAGUGAAGAUGCAAAAUUCUAUGCAAGAUCAAUUAAAUUUGAAAAGUUCAAUAAUGAAGGACAAACUAUGGUUACACAGUUCACUGUGAAACAUGAGCAAAAUAUUGACUGUGGUGGAGGAUACAUUAAGCUCUUUCCGACUGAUCUGAACCAAGAGGAUAUGAAUGGAGAUUCCCCUUACUACAUAAUGUUUGGCCCAGAUAUUUGUGGAGCAGCAACCAAAAAAGUCCAUGUGAUUUUCAACUACAAAGGGAAGAAUCACUUGAUUAAGAAAGAUAUUAAAUGCAAGGAUGACGAAUACACUCAUCUCUACACUCUAAUACUUAAUUCUGAUAACACUUAUGAAGUGAAGAUGGAUAACAAAAAAGUUGAAUCUGGUUCUCUGGAGGAUGACUGGGACAUGCUGCCUGCUAAAAUGAUUAAAGACCCAAAUUUUCAGAAGCCUGAUGAAUGGGAUGACCGAGAGCAGAUUGAUGACCCUGAUGAUGUAAAACCGGAAGAUUGGGACAAACCAGAAAAGAUUCCAGACCCUGAUGCUACAAAACCAAAUGACUGGGACACUGAGAUGGAUGGUGAAUGGGAACAUCCGUUGAUUCAGAAUAUAGAGUAUAAGGGUAAAUGGAAAUCUCGUAAGAUUAAGAACCCUAAUUUCAAAGGCAUUUGGGUCCAUCCAAAAACUGUAAAUCCUGAAUACACACCAGAUGUCAAUUUGUACAAGUAUGAUAACAUUGGAGUUCUUGGUCUUGAUUUGUGGCAGGUGGAGUCUGGUACAAUCUUUGACAACUUUCUUGUUACAAAUGAUGCCAAAUAUGCAGAGGAAUAUGCCAAUCAAACAUGGGGGAUAACCAAGGAUGGUGAAAGGAAAAUGAAAGAGAAAUUGGCAGAAGAACUGAAAAUAAAAGAAAUGGAUACGGUGAUUGAUUCGGAUAAAUAUGAACUCUAAAUGUCCAAAUCAUUUUGAAUAUUCAACCAAUUUGUCUAUCGUUUGAAUUUUCAUCUUGUGACAAAAGCGUAUCUCCAGGAAUUGCAUUGUUGUGCCUUCAUAAACAAACUGUGUCUUAAAAUUAAAAGA